CGCCCGAUUAUGCCGAGCUGCCAGGAGUGAUGAACGCGAAACAUAUAAAGGAUGGAGGAGAACAUCUGGAGGGGAGAGAAUGGGUGAUUGCACAUUCGUGGCGUUUUAUUUAAAAACCUAAUUUCGUUGCGACUCGUCAUGGAGCCAUCAAGCGUUUGGUUUGACCCAAUUCUUGACUCAUGGAGUUUUCUCUCUUGCGUCCAAAAUAUCACCGGCGCCCCAUCUAUGUCCAGCAAGCCCAAGUUCCCGUGUUCGCAAUGUCAAAGGGUGUACGGAAGAAAAAGUGACCUGAACAGGCAUCACAACAGCGUCCAUAUGAGACAAUGGUCACAUCAAUGCCCUUCCGCUCUCUGUGGGAAAACCUUUGCGCGUAAAGACGUAUGGAAGAGACACAUCAAAAUCUGCAAGAGUAGAAGCCUGCCUAUGAUCCAGAACGAGGCCGGCUUCCAAUUCAGCUCUAUGGCAACACUAUUAAGCCUGACGGAUAUGGGAAAUACCGACACGUCAACUCAGGACGCAGCAUUCUUGAGCUACCUAGCGAAUCCCCAAAAUAGUGCGGCUCUCUUUGAUUCGGGAUUCUAAGGCGCGGCUGUUAAUGCGGGUGUUUUCUGGCCUGAGGUUCUGGUUCGCCAUACAUUGUAUCAAUUUUUCUGCUUUGUAUUUUUGGAUCUAAUCUGAUAUUUUGCCUUCUAUAUGCUUUCGGCACUUCCGAACCGAUUUUAUGCUCCUGGGGGGCUGCCCACCCCAUCUAAAGAUCACUACACGCUUUGCGGGAUCUCGGCCUCGCUGGACAUUGGCCAGUACCAUCAUCAGUUCACAAUCGGAGGCGUUCUCACCGUCAACGAAAAGGCGUUUGCACUUACAGUCUUGCACUCUGAUCCCGAAGAGCCAGACGCGAAGACGCAGGAGACCUCCAUCGAGAGCCUAGUCAAGGAAAUGGUUGAAAAAGGUGCAGUUGCUAAGAAUAUCAAAGAGAUCAACGUUGCGAGCUCGACACGAAGAAAUUCGGGAUCUGAGAAGGAGAUGAUCUCGGGAGAUCCGCUGGACUCUCAACAACCUACAGGCCGUGAACACGAGCACCUCGGAACACUGACUAGGACUGGUGAGGAGUGGGCACUUAUCAGCAUUGAUGAUCCAGGAAACCGCCUGCCAAACUGCAUCGAAGUGCCUGACCACGGAGCACGUUUGUAUUUGGAUCGCGUUCAAGACCCAGAAGAUGUCCUCGCGAAGGCUAAGGUGUAUGUCUGUUCUGGAGUGGGCAGUGCUAUCAGGGCCAGUUUAUCAGGGCCACUUUCGCGGAUGAAGCUUGGGUCAGGAAAAAUAAUCAAAGUGUGGACGGUGACAUUCAUCGAUCACAGAAAAGGACAACAAUUACGACUCGGAGAUUCAGGCUCUUGGGUCGUAAAUCCAUUCGAAGGAAUCAUCUAUGGACAUGUUAUUGCACGCGCCAAAAAUGUCGGCUUCGUCCUCCCUCUAAAACAUGUGAUGGAGGAGAUUGGAGCUUGUCAAUUGCCAACAGUAGCAAUUAAGAGCCCACAGGAGGUAUUUGAGGAAUACGCAAAGAGCCAGAACGACCGUGGAUCACUCCAUCGUGCUGCAAGAGCAGGAGACGAAGUCACAGUGAACCUUCUUAUCAAGCAGGGAGCAAACAAAGAGGUAGAGGAUGACAAUGGCCGGACUCCGCUCUAUCUUGCUAUCGAGGCAGGUCACCAGCCUACUGUAAAGCUUCUUAUUGAAUAUCGAGCCGAUAAAGAGGUGAAGGACUAUAACUGCCGGACGCCUCUCCAUCUCGCUGUCGAAGCAGAGUCUGAGGGCAUUGUCGAACUUCUUGUCGAACAUGGGGCCAACAAAGAAGCGAGGGAUAACCAUGGCCGGACUCCUCUCCAUCUCGCUGUCGAAGCAGGGCGUGAAAACAUCAUGAAGUUCCUGCAUAGCUGAGCAAUGGGUUGUCUUUUAAGAAACGAAAAGGGGUAUAGGUUUGUGUUGAUGGCUUCUAAAUCAGGAUAAUUCAUUUGUGGAGGACACCUCAUUAUGAGGCAUCCAUUAUGCAGGGGCAAGGGAGUUGGAGAAAGAGGAUACUUGUUUGGACGCCCACAUAUCUCCGGCCCCCAAAGUGACGAGAAUGUACCCUGGGAAGUACGGGAUAUGUGAGGGAAUUUAUAGGCUGUUAGCUUUCCGACGAUGUUUUAUAUUUGACAGACUAGUCCAGCACGCUGUCGUCUUUCAGCAUAGCCUUUAAGGUCCCACCACCUCCUUGCUGCGCUUUUCGACAAACCUGGUAUUUCAUCCCUAGUCGGACGAGAUAGGGACUGUCCAGCACACGAGAGAUGAAAGGAGGGGGACUUAGGAAGGGAGGUUAGCAAAACCACUUGCAAAAUCCGCAAGCAAGCCGUCGUCUUUCAGCACAACCUUCAAGGUCCCGCCACCUCCUUACUGCAUUUUUCAAUGAAUCGAGUAUGGGACUGGCCAAUUGCGGCAGAAUUAUUUGCUUACAGUUGGAUAGUGUCGUGUCAAGACUUGCAGAGUUACUUCAUCGAUUGGUCGAUGGCAUCCUAAAGGAUGGCCGGCGGCGGCCAUGUUUG